AUGUCCAAUUCCCUCGUGCCAGAAACGCGAGUACUGGCUGUAGCAAGCCAGGUUGUAUAUGGCCAUGUGGGCAAUUCAAUGGCAUCAUUUGCCAUGCAAUCCCUCGGCUGUGAUGUUGCCGCCUUGAACACCGUUCAUUUUAGUAACCAUACUGGCUACCGGCAAUUCAAGGGAACUCGCGCAUCUGCCCAGGAGAUUACGGACUUGUAUCAGGGUCUAUGCCAAAGCAAUCUCACGGAUUUUGACGUCAUGCUGUCUGGUUAUGCCCCCAGCGCCGCGGCCGUCGAAGCAGUUGGCGCUAUUGGAAUGGACUUGAAGAAGAAGUCCGAGAAGCCUGGCUCGUUUUUCUGGGUCUUGGACCCGGUAAUGGGUGACCAGGGACGAUUAUAUGUAAAUGACGACGUCGUCCCGGCCUACAAGGAAGUCAUCAAACAUGCAGACCUGAUUCUGCCAAAUCAAUUCGAAGCCGAGGUUCUCUCGGGCAUCGAGAUCACCUCUCUCGCCACUCUGGCCGAGGCCAUCACCGCAAUUCACCGCAUCUACUCCGUCCCACAUGUCAUCAUAACCUCUGUACAGCUAUCCAAACUCUCCCAAUCAGGCUGUACCCCCACCCCUCCAGAGAACUUCCUAACCGUCAUCGGCUCUACAACCCAAAGCAACGGGUCCCCGCGUCUAUUCCGCGUCGACGUACCCGCUUUAGACUGCUUCUUCAGCGGCACCGGCGACAUGUUCGCCGCAUUGAUGGUCGCCCGUCUUCGCGAGGCGGUUGCAGCAGCCGGUGAUGGUCUCCAGUCAACCGCGUCAUGGGUUUCUCCCGACAGCGUUUCGGCAACGACUUUACCACUGGCGCAAGCGACGCUCAAGGUCCUUUCCAGUAUGCACAGUGUCCUUGAGCGAACGAUGGAAGCCCGCAAUGCCGAGCUCGCGAAGAUUGCGCUAGAGAAGAGCCAAAGUGAGGGAUUGAGUGCGGAGGAACAGCAGAAACAAGAUUAUUUGCGCCGGACGAAGGCUGCUGAGGUGCGUUUGGUGCGAAAUGUGCAGUUCUUGCGUGACCCGCUUGUACAGUUUGAGGCGCAGGAAUGGCGUAAAGAAGAUCUUCCUGUCGGAUUACAAUAA